GCGGAUUUUGAGUCGGCUUUAGGCUGGAUUUCUUUCCCUGGGACCUGGCAACCCGAUACUGAGCGUGACUUCCUGAUUGAAAAAGUGAAACUAAAACGCAGAGUGUUUACAUUCAAAAGUGUUAAACGUGUUUUGGGUGACACUGUGAUAUAGGACCAAACAAAAAGAGCUUCAGCUUGUACUUAUCUUUAAAAAAAAAACCGCAUACAUUUUUUUUUUCUGAAAUAAACUUAUUGACGGUUACUAUAUGUAGUUCUUGGCUCAUUUUGAGGCCACUUGAUAUUGUUUGGAUUUCCCUGACAACUGAACGACGCCAUCGGCAGAGACAGAGAUGAGCCUGCCUCAGGUAUUCACUGGAGUGAGACUACUCCUGCCAAAUUCCGAUUUAAGCAAACUUCACAGCAAGACUGUGAAACAUAAAUAUAAAGAUGUGAAUGGUGUUUCCAGCGAGUCAUUUCAAGAGGCUGAAGAUAUUUACAGGAAGAGUGUAAUUUUACAAACAACAUGUAAUGGAAGUAGGGAUCUAAGACAGGAGGGGAGACCAGCUCAAAGUGACCCCUUAGAAAUUGAACCAGUUAAGGUUGAUGACAUUUUUAUGCAUUACAUUGAAAAAAUGAAAUCUAAGGAACUUGACAUAAUUAAAAAAAGGAAUGCAGUUAUCAUGAAGAGAGACAAUAGAUUGGUAACCUUUUUGCCUCAGUCUGGGAACAGCCUUCAUGCUCAGUUUGCACGAGAACAGUUUAUAACAUUAUAUCAAAAGAUUGCAACAGGGCUGCAAACUCGGACGUAUUUUUACAGUCCAGGAAUUACCAUGCUUUGCAAAGCAGAAUUUCCAGAACUGCUAAUAUCUCAUAAAGAUGAAAGGCAAUUUCAACUGACUGGCAACUUCAUUAGUCUUGAAAGAUUUGGGAAAUGUUUGAAGGGGAGUACACAGAGAUAUUCACAUUACCAAACCCCAAAUAAAAUCAAAGUCUAUGAAACACCUUACAGGCAAAAUGUGGAACAACAGAAAUCAAUAGACCGAGCCAAAGAUGAGACGUGUCCAAUUUGUUUGGAACCACUCAAUACAUCUGAAUGCACAGUCUUGCCUAAAUGUAAGCACAGAUUUUGUAAAGACUGUUUGAAAAGAGCAUUCCAGUUGAAACCAACUUGUCCGAUAUGCGGAGAGAUAUACGGCAGUCUUACAGGGACGCAACCGAAAGGAGGAUCCAUGACUGUCUCAUGGGACAGCUCCUCUCUACCUGGAUAUGAAAAAUAUGGAACAAUCCUAAUUAGCUACCAUAUACCAAGUGGACGCCAGGGGGAUGAACACCCAAACCCGGGCAUGCCAUACCAGGGUGUGUCCCGCAUAGCUUACAUCCCUGACUCAACGGAGGGAAGGAAGGUACUGAAGCUUCUGCAGAGGGCAUUCGACCAGCAACUCACUUUCACCAUCGGACGCUCAUCUACUACCGGUCAGAACAAUGUGGUGACCUGGAAUGACAUUCACCAUAAGACGUCUCGUGAUGGAGGGCCAACUCGUUACGGUUACCCAGAUCCAGAGUACCUCAAACGAGUACAAGACGAACUGAAAGCAAAAGGAAUCUCCUGAUUAUACAGACUGAACCUUGUGAUCAAUUCAGACACUACAUUUCCCAUACUAUUACAACCAGCAGUCAUACUGAAAACAAGGACAAGAAUGAAGUAUUAUUGCAAUCUUGUGAUCACUGGUCAAAGUAUGGCACUUAUAUUUUUUACAGGCAGUCCUAAUUUUUAAUGUUUUUCUUAAUGUUUUGAAUGUAUGAAUUUCAUGAAGCAGCAUAAGAGACAUAGAGUUAGUGGGCUGGGCCAUUUAAACAUCGGUUUCAUGUCAAUAUAAUAGAGGAUCACAUUUAUUAAUCACCCUUGCUAUAUCCUUUUGUGGUAAUACUUUAGAAUAAGGUUCCAUUAGUUAGUUAAUGUAUUAAUUAACAUGAACAAACAAUGAAUAAUACAUUUAUUACUGUAUUUAUUCAUC